GUUAUUCCACGGUUAGCCAUUAUCAAAGGACGAAGGCAGUGCAGCAGAGGGCAGCUAGCUAUCAUGGAUAAGAUGCACUUUCUUCCGUUUGCCGUCUUCUUUUUCGUUGUGUCCGCCGGAGCUUUUGGAUGCAAUCCAGAUUGGAUUUCCUACAAUGGAGGCUGCUAUAAAUUUGAACCAAGACUAUCGGAUGUGCGUAUGGCGCGGAAAUUUUGCCAGUUACUCAAAGCGGAUUUAGCUUUCCUAGAUCAAAAUGCGACUACUUUAAUUGGCGUCGAUCCAGCCCAAAAAUAUUGGAUCAGAGAAGACAGUGUGCGUACAACAGACUUGGCUUCAGUACCCAUAUCACAAUGCCCUUACCUGUAUCAACAGAAUUUCGAAUAUGGGGACUGCAAUGAAAUGUAUUUUUUCAUAUGUGAAGAAAUACAAGAAGAUCCUACUCAUAGAUGUCCUGAGGGCUGGGUGUUAUUAGAUGCCAAAUGUUACAAAGCGGUAGAUCAUCAAAGCAAUCUCACUGUUUCUGUAGCAGCUUGUCACGCUGAUCAAGGCCAACUUGCAGUUCUUGACGAUGAGAGUAAGGAAGCCAACGCACAAGCUGUCAUCAUCGGAAAAAACACCACUUUCCUCGUUGGAGCUGAACGUGAGAACGGAACAUUUAAAUGGUUUGAUGGAAAGCCAUUCAAUCCAUAUUGUUCACUUUGCACCAAUUUUACAUCAAAUGGCAAUUGCCUAGGAAUUAAAUCCAAUUCUAAUCAUCCAACCAUGUUCAAAUGGGUAAAUGUCGAAUGCAGCGCUGUUAAUUCAUUUCUAUGUGAAAGAGAAGCGAUCUCAGAAAACAUGACAUCAACUCCUCUUCCUACCACAACUUCUGCUUCGUCACCACCUCUACUGUGCCCAAUAGGUUAUAAUUGGAAAGCAUUUAGAAACACGAAUUACUGCUUCUGGGAAACAACAUAUGAAACCGAACGGCUUAAUUGGUACCAAGCACGACAGUUUUGUCAAGCAUAUGGUGGAGAUUUGGCUACUUAUAGAGAUUCACAAGAAGAAGACACUGGAUUAGGUGGAGCUAAAGGACAUUAUAAAGGUCUCUGGUUUGGUCUAAAACGAGGAGAAGAUGAUAUUUUUCGUUGGGUUGAUGGAAGCGAGCUCAAUUACACCAACUGGGAUUACGCUGAACCAAACCUCAGAAGCAGAUCCAAGUACUGUGCCUCUCAUGCAGCCGGCAAUGCUAGAUGGGAGCUUGACUACUGCGGCGUCAGAAGGUGGUUCAUCUGCAAGGCUCCGAAAGUUCGAAAUCCUAUACUUCCCGAUACAACAUUUCCCAAAACCCAGUGCAACUUUUCUAGUUCGCCUUUCUACCACCAUCGAUGGUAUUCGCACAAAAACUACUGCUAUUUAAUUCAUGACGAAGCAAAGUACAGUUGGGAUUUGGCUCAUAAUUUCUGCAAAGACAACGAGGCUCAUUUGGCAUCCAUACAUUCCUUCGACGAAACUGACUUCAUACUUUUUGCAAGUAAUAUAGUUUCAAGUUCAGACUAUUGGAUUGGUUUGGCUUCUAAAGGCUUAGGGUCGUCUUUCACAUGGUCAGAUGGAACGCCUUUGGAUUUCUUGUACUGGGUCAAUGAUUCCGGUCCAAACGAAACGGAGAGUAUGAAUACAUGUAUUUCCUUUGAUCCAUUAAGAGGUUACUGGAAAACUACUCACUGCAACAAAUUACAAGGAGUCAUUUGCAAAAGAGGAAUUAAUGCUAGCUACGAUUUCCCUACUCAAGAACCUGCAGUAAUUCUUCCUGGAAACUGCGAACAUGGGUGGUAUCCAUUAGGCAAUAAGUGCUACAAAGUUUUUGGAAAGAAAUGGACACAGAAACAGUCCUGGACCACCGCACAAAAGGAAUGUGAAAAAGAAAACGCCACUUUAGCAUCUAUACACAACGAAGACCAGCAAAAUUUUCUGACCGAUCUAAUACUCGAAAUCGAUGACGACGCAUGGAUUGGCCUGGAAAAUUUAUAUAGAGGUAGCUUAUUUCAGUGGGUGGAUGAUACAGCAUUAGACUAUGCUAACUGGGAUGUAAAUGAACCUUCAGUUUCGAAUGAUGAUGAAGACAGUGAAUUGUUUUACACAUCAAGUUAUGAGCGUACGUGUGUUGAAAUCAGUUACGGAAGAGAGAACAUGGGAAAAUGGAAUGAUGUUAGCUGUUAUCAGUCUAACGCUUAUAUUUGUCAAAAAUUCAAAGAUCCUAAUAUCACCACACCUUCUGAAGAUCCUUUUACAUGCACCGACAUUCCCGGCUGGAGUCGUCUGGGUACUUCGUGUUACAGUAUUUUUGAAGAAAAAGAAGGGAAACUAUCUUGGACAGAAGCACAGAGUCGCUGUAAGGCAACUGGAGCCGAUCUAGUGUCUUUCAAAAACUCUGCUGUCGCUGUCUUUCUGGCGAAGAGGAUCAAGACGAAAAAUGAAUUCUUUUGGACCGGGAUUAGGGAAACGGAAGAAGCCAAAUUCGGAACUUUCAAUGGUAAUAAGCUAAAGAUCUCUAACUGGUUGGCGGAGCAGCCCAAGUUGGUGUCUUCAUUUAUGGAUAACUGCGUGGCCAUGAACUCGCAAGCAAAGUGGGUAGUGAGAAGCUGCCGGGAGAAGCUUAAUUACGUUUGCGAGUGGAAUUCAGAUGCUGAAAAUGAGAUUGAUAUUGACGAAAGCCACCUAUGCCCGAAAUCCAACGGUUGGCAAGAUAUCGGAGGCGAUAUGUGCAUCAAGAAAUUCUUCGUACGAAAAACCUGGAACGAUGCCAUGUAUGAUUGUUUCCAACAUGGUGGAUCUUUAGUGACGUUCCACUCCGCAAAGGAUCUUCACCAAUUUGUAGAACACGUGAACACAAAUUAUCGCUUUACAUCUGUUCAUAUUGGACUUGGAAGACGCAAAGACGGAAGUUACAUGUGGGCUGACUAUAGUCCGGUCGAUUUCACUGCGUGGGAUCCUGACGACCCUCCAAGCACAACAAAAGACUGCGUCGAAUUGGAUAUGAGAACGGAGAAAUGGAGGAAGGUCCAUUGCGAUGAUCUCAGGAGAAAUUAUUUCUGCUCCGCUACAAAAAACAGAAAUAUAGAAGAAGAUGUAAUAACGUCGAAUUUUACUAAAGCAGAAGACAUUGUUAGUAAGAAACUUGCUGCCGGCGGAAUUGUUGGGAUUGUAAUAUGCUUAUUAGUAGUUUUAGCCAUCAUUGGAGUUACAGUGUACUAUGUCUAUCCAAGAGAAAGGCAUGGAAAAUUAUUAGUGCCUGAAUCACAAUUAUAGUAUCCUGAAGGAGCUUUUUCGGUGUAAUAAUUAAAGAACUGUACAAAAUGUGUAAUAUCCUUAAUAAAUAUGUUACCAAUGUACAAAAAU